AAUAAACCCUAAUUUCUUUCUCCAAAUAGUUUUACCCAAUUUGCCGAGCUUCGAAGCGAAUAUUAGGGCACGCAAGUUUUCAAGUUGAAGAGGAAAGAGAAGAAGUGCUUAGUUCAAUUUUCAAAGAUUCAGGAUUCAGGUUCUCAGCUAAUGGUGAAAACAAAGCAGAGGCGCACAGGAAAAGUUCCUGUUAAAAAAAGUGGUACUUCUUCACAAUGCCUCACUGAUUCUCUAAACUGUGAUGAUCCGAUUGAGGAUAGUGAUUGGAUUAUAGUGAAAAAGCAGAGAGUCACCAUUCUGGUGCCUGCUGCGCCUCUCAAUGAAAGAUCACUAACAGCAAACCAAGGACCAAAUCACAUGCAUCUUAUGUCCCCUGAAAUAGCAAGUAACCAUGUGCAGCUUCCCAAGGAGACAUCUACUAUACAUCCUUCAGGCAAUGGACAUGAAAAGACCACUUUGUUAGCUGUCCAAAAGGAGACUCGUGCUGAAAGAAGAGCUCCUCCUGCCUUACCUAAACCCACUGUACUCAAUCCCCCAUCUUUAGAUCAAAGAAUAGAAUCAGAAAAUCAACAUCAGGUGAAUAUUUUGAAGCCACACAAUGUAGGAAUUUGUGAUACAUCAAAAGUUAUUAAGCAGCCCAGAACACUACUUGCACAUAGAAUGCCCUCCAACCUAGAAACCUUGAAUAAAAAUUUGAGAGCUUCAAAUCUUCAGAGAAAGCUUGAAAGAGCCGGUGGACUGAGCAAGUGGCUGACAUCACUCGGACUGGAGCAGUUUGUGAGUAUUUUUCAUGGGAAAAGUAUCAGUAAGUAUCAGCUGGUAAAUCUAACCAUGAAAAAGCUCAAGGAUAUGGGUGCCAGUGCAGUGGGACCUCGCAGGAAACUGAUCCAUGCCAUGGACUGUGUUUGUCAGCCAUAUUGCUUUGAGGCGUUGUAGAAGUUUUUAGGAUUUUGAAACUACAUACAAAAACGUUCGAAGUCUUGGCACAAAUGCAAAACUGUUUCUGGAUGCUUUUGUGAUAGUUCACAGCACUUGAGUCUCGCAGUACUUGUAGGCGUUUCUGUAUAUAUACAUAUAACUAUAUAAGCAAGUAGACGCAUUAUACAAUGCUUCCUUUUA